AUGCGGAUGAGCUCCAUAAACAUGGCGGCCAUGCAUGAACCACCGGCUCUGGCCCACUCCACCAAGCCAAUGGUGGCAUUCACGACGCCUCCCAACUACGCCACCAGGCUUUCCAACCUCCUCUCCCUCAAUGGCUUCGUCCCACUCUCUUCCCCAACUCUCGUCGUCGAGCCCACUCCCUCCACCAUCUCCGCUCUCAAACCCUACCUCUCUCCCCACUCCCUCCGCCAUUUCUCCGCCAUUGCCUUCACUUCCCGGACCUCAAUCACCGCGCUUUGUCACGCCAUCACUGCUAUCGAAGAACCUCCUCUGUCCCCUUCCGGCGAUGCAUUUACCAUCGCUGCACUGGGCAAGGACUCGGAGCUCAUCGACAGCGACUUCGUGGCUAAACUGUGCUCGAAUUCGAACCGGAUUAGAAUCCUGGUCCCUCCGAAGGCCACGCCGAGCGGCCUUGUGAAGGCUCUAGGAGAGGGGAUUGGCCGGAGGGUUCUGUGUCCGAUACCGGUGGUGGUGGGGCUGGAAGAGCCUCCGGUGGUUCCGGAUUUUCUGAGGGAGCUGGAGUCAAACGGUUGGGUUCCGGUUAGAGUGAAUGCGUACGAGACACGGUGGGCGGGGGAAGAGUGUGCGAAGGAAGUGGUGCAGAGAUUGGAGGAGGGAGAGUUGGACGCCAUAGUGUUCACCAGCACAGCUGAGGUGGAGGGGCUGUUGAAGGGCUUGAAGCAAUUCAGACUGGAUUGGAAGACGGUGAAGCAGAGGUGGCCAGAACUGGUAGUGGCGGCUCAUGGUCCUGUGACGGCGGCCGGAGCGGAGAGGCUCGGUGUUGGAGUUGAAUUGGUGAGUGAUAGGUUUGAUAGCUUUGAGGGUGUUGUUAAGGCUCUUGGUUUGAAGUUCAACUCCAGUUGAAAUGGUUUAGUUGUAUUUGGUUGUUCAAACUCUGUUGAAUUGUCAACAGAAUGUAUAUUUUGUGAUCAUAAUGUUGCAAAGAAUGACAAAUUCUUUAUUCAUUUUGUAGAACCAAGUUCUAUUUUAUUGGAUUUCGCUUUGUAAUUCUUUC